AUGGCUCAAAUUACUCUAUCAUUAUUACUUACAUUUCUCAUGCGUUUUUUUGAACCAUGUUCUUCAAUGCCUGCUUGGCAUGCUUGGCUUUUGGCUAUAGCCACAAUUGUAAUUCCAUUAUUUGCAAGUCUUAUUAUUCAUCGGUAUUUUUAUCAAAGUGAUAUGUAUGCUCUACAAAUUUCUGCGGCUUAUGCAGGUUUAGUUUAUCGUAAAAUUGCUCCAUUGUUAACCAUUUUCAUUACUAUAAUAUUUUGGCAUUUUGUUAAAUAUAUUGCUUUUAUUGCUAUGGGAUUUUCUGUUUCUUUUCUUCUUAUUCAAUCAUUAUACAGUCGUAUUUUUAUUCGAUUACGUACAAAAAUUCUUCGAAUAACUGAUGAACGUAUAAAAAUAAUAUCUGAAAUAAUUAAAUCAAUGCGUAUUGUAAAAAUGUAUUGUUGGGAAACAGCAUUUAGUAAAAGAAUUUAUCUUAUUAGAAAACAUGAAAUACUUCAAUAUACUUUAUAUGCUCUAUAUGAAUGUAUUCAAAUGGUAUUUUCAAAUAAUUUUAUUCCUAUAUCUUUACUGCUUAUGUUUGGAACAAUGUGGUUAUAUAAUAUACGAUUUGAUACAAAUUUCUUUGCUAUUGCUGCUUGUAUAUUGAGUUUUAUGAGACUAUAUGUUAUUGAAUAUUUUUCUCUUGGUACUCAAUUUAUUUCGAAUUAUUUAGCUGCACGAAAAAGAAUUGAAUCAUUUCUAUUACUUGAUGAAUGUGAUCGAGAUAAUCGAUUGUUAUCAUCAUCAUUAUCACAAGAUUUGGAAAUGUUAUCAUCAAAUGAGAUGAAAAUGGUUAAUGAUAAUAUUGAAAAAAAUAUACAAAAUGGAUUAUUUGCAUUAAAAAAUAUUAUUUUUGAUGCUCAUCCAAGUGAUUUAAUAUGUAUUAUUGGACCUGUUGGAUCAGGCAAAAGUUCACUUUUACAAACAUUAACUGGUGAAAUAGCUUAUUUUGAUGGAAAAAUUCGAUUACAUGGAUCAUAUUGUUAUGUACCACAAGAAGCAUGGAUAUUUUCAUCAACAGUAAAAAAUAAUGUUCUUUUUGGAAAAGAAUACAAUCAAAAUUUAUUUCAAUCUGUUGUAAAUGUUACUGCACUUGAUACUGAUUUUGAACAGUUAUCUAAUGGUGCCAAUACUCUUGUGGGUGAUCACGGUGUGAUGUUAUCUGGAGGUCAAAAAGCACGAGUGAAUAUGGCACGAGCUUUGUAUCGUAAUGCUGAUAUUUAUCUAUUAGAUGAUCCUCUUUCUGCUGUUGAUGUUAAAGUUUCCAAACAUCUUUUUGAAAAAGCAAUUAAAAGUUAUCUUCAUGAUAAAAUUUGUAUCUUAGUCACUCAUCAAAUACAAUUUUUACAAGAUGCAACAAAAAUAAUUGUUCUUAAUAAUGGUGAAAUGGUUCAAAUGGGUACAUAUAAUGAAUUAAUAACUUCUUCAACUUUAUUCGCUCAUUUAUUGGAAGAUAUUCAUCAGCAAAAACAUGAAUUUUCAAGUGAUAUUGAACAACAACAAUCAAUCAUUAGUACAGUAUGCUUAGAAGAAGACAAUGAAGAAGAUUUAAUGACAAAUACUGAUACAAAACAAGAAGGAUCUAUCAGAUGGAAUGUUUAUCGAUCAUAUAUAAGAGCUGGUGUUGGCUGUAUUUUUGGUUUUUUCUUUAUUUUACUUAUUUUAAUUGCAAAUCAAGCUAUAUUCUUAUGUAGUAGUUGGUGGUUAGCAGUAUGGACUGAUGCUGAAACUCAUCGAUAUAAAACUUUUGAUAAUUGUACAUCAAUUAGUGCUAAAAAAGUAAAUAAUAUACAUUCGAUGACUGAAAAUGAAUGGAAUAUAUAUCGUAAUCGAAAAUUUUAUAUCUAUUGUGGUAGUAUACUAUUAUUAUUAUUAUUAACAUUUUUACGUGCAUUUACAUCGAAAUUAAUGUGUUUAAAUGCUGGACGAGUACUUCAUAAUAAAAUGUUUCAACGAGUCAUUCGUUGUCCGAUUUCAUUUUUUGAUAUGAAUCCAGUUGGUCGAAUUAUAAAUCGUUUUACUCGAGAUAUUGCUGUAAUAGAUAAUAAUCUAUUAUUCAGUUUUCCAAAUGUUUUAGAAGUAAGUUAA